AUGGAUCUCAUGGACUUGGGCGACGUGGGCAGCGGCUGUGAGGUAAAGAACUGUGGCCUGGCGUCGGGCUUCCCAGAAGACUGCUCCAACCAAGAGUGCUACUGGGAGGAACCCACGUUCGAAUUGAUCGAAUUAGUGUGCGUGACUGUGAUUUACAUUCCACUGAUGCUCUUCGGCCUCCUGGGAAACAUCCUAACAAUUCUGGUGGUUUGGCUUCGUCCAUACAUGAGAAGCUCCACCUACCUGUACCUGAGCAGCAUGGCUGUGAGUGACCUGCUCAUUCUCCUCCUGCUGCCUCUGGAUCUCUAUAAGCUUUGGAGGCCCAGACCUUGGCCCUUAGGAGAUCUCGUCUGUAAGCUGACCAUGUUCCUCUCAGAGUGCUGCACCUUCUGCACCAUCCUUCACAUCACCUUCUUCUCCCUGGAGAGGUACGUGGCAGUCUGCUGGCCAAUCACAGCCAAAACGGUGGUGACACGGCGACGAACCAAGGCCGUCAUUGGCUGCCUGUGGCUGGGUGCUGCUGUCAGCGCCGCCCCGGUGUUGAUUAUGGUCGGAGUGGAAGAUGUCGGGGGAGAAGAGCUCUGGCUCAGUCAGUGGAGGGAGGACGGAGGGUGGACGGGCAUGGAUGGAGAACAUGGAGGAAUAACGUUAGGAGAAGGGGAAAGAAGUGAACACAUGGCCUUGAUGGACGGAGGAGUAGAGGGAGUAAAAUGGGGAGAAAAAGAGACACAGAGAUGGAGUGAAAGAGUUGGAGAGCUGGAACUGUUCAGAGACAGAGCAGGAGAUGCAAAAGAAAGGAAACAAGGAGAUGAAGGGGAAAUGAAAGAUGAAAAACAAGAAGGAGGUGAAGAAGAAGAAGAAGAAGGAAAGAUGGAAUUUAAGGGUGAGCUGCAGAAUAAAAAGAAAGAAGACGAGGGAGGAGGAAUGGAAGGAGGAGUGGAUGGAGGCGGUGUGGCAGAGAUCGACAGGAGGGAGUGUCGCUGCACGCACUACGCCGUCACCUCCGGCCUGGUGUCGGCCAUGAUAGUCCUGUCCAACCUGUACUUCCUGGUGCCGCUCUGCAUCCUGGGAUUGGUGUACAGCCUGAUUGGCCGGACUCUGUGGCUCCGCCCGAAAAGCAGCCGGAGAGACCAGAGUCACCGAAACACCGUGAAAAUGCUGGGUGUGAUUGUCUUGGCGUUUGUCGUGUGCUGGCUGCCCUUCCACGUUGGUCGGACCAUAUUUUCUUUUUCGCUGGACACCGGUACCGACAUGUCACACAGCGCGGAGUACCACGUAAACAGCGACACAAGCCCUCAUACACCAGACACCACCACAUAUAACACACAAAAUAGCACACCUACAACUGUAAACUCACAAUACAACCACAUAGACCGAUACGGUGCAGCACACGCCAGCCUGUACCACUAUUACACACACAACAGCACGUACUCACACCAUGAUGCACACUUGGACUUUAUGUACUAUCUGUCUCAGUAUUUCAACCUCGUGUCCUCCGUCCUCUUCUACCUCAGUGCCGCCGUCAAUCCUUUACUGUACAACCUGAUGUCUGCCAGAUACAGGCACGCCGUGCACAGCCUCAUCCGUGCACGCUCUCACACGCAGGCUCACCACCUGCGCAGCACACUCACAGCGCGACACUCCACAACCACUCUGUGAGGACACGCUGCGAGCAGACAGGGAGACGAUCAAGCCUCAGUUUGUUCAUGAUCACAGUGUGGUGCUGUAAAGUCUGUUAACGUGUAAAUCUCACCAUGCUGACACGUAUGAUUAAAGGGCAUUAAAAGGGCAUAUCUGUAUUUGUCGGUUAAUUGGUCUUUUGAUGCAAACAGUCAAAGAACACAUUACUUUUAGUCAUGAUUACAGUUAAUUCAUGGAUUAGAAGGUGUGUGAAUAGACUUGACAAAAAUACCAAAAAGGCCCACAAAACUGUCUGAAAAUGACCAAAAAAAGAAACAAAAUGAGCACAGACACACAAAACAAUCACAAAAAGACACAACAUGACCACAAAAUGACAAAAAAUGACACAAAAUGAUCACAGAAAAACACAAAAUGACUCAGUGAGACAGAUAAUUGUCUCACAAAGACACAAACUGACAAGAGAGACACACAAAAUACUUACAAAAAAUUGCAAAAUGACCACAAAAACACCUAAGAUUAUCAGACAGACUGAAAACGACCACAAAAAUGCACAAAAAGACCACAAAAAUACCAAAAAAGCCCACAAAACUGUCUGAAAAUGACCAAAAAAAGAAACAAAAUGAGCACAGACACACAAAACAAUCACAAAAAGACACAACAUGACCACAAAAUGACAAAAAAAAGACACAAAAUGACCACAAAAAACACAAAAGGACUCAGUGAGACAGAUAAUUGUCUCACAAAGACACAAACUGACAAGAGAGACACACAAAAUACUUACAAAAAAUUGCAAAAUGACCACAAAAACACCUAAGAUUAUCAGACAGACUGAAAACGACCACAAAAAUGCACAAAAAGACCACAAAAAUACCAAAAAAGCCCACAAAACAGUCUGAAAAUGACCAAAAAAAGAAACAAAAUGAGCACAGACACACAAAACAA